UCGCUAUAGCAUAGAACUCAUUACAAGCUAUCACAUUAUCGACAGAGAAUUGAAGAUGGGGGCCAGCGCUACCACAACGCCGGAGUUGUAUGCAAUGAAUGGUGGAGAUGGCAGAUUUAGUUACGCCAAAAACUCCUUUUUGCAGGGACAUAGUGUUAAUGCUUCAAAGGGAAAAAUUGGCGAGGCAAUUGCUGAGAAGCUUGACCUGAAAAUUCUGCUUUCUACCUCAAAGACUAUACGUAUUGUAGAUGCUGGAUGUUCGGUUGGACCAAAUACCUUCUUAGCAAUACAAAAUAUAAUAGAAUCUAUAGAAAGGAAGUAUCAAGCACAAUACCUCAACAUUAAUGAAAAGCCUGAAUUCCAAGUAUUCUUUAACGAUCUAACAUCAAAUGAUUUCAACACGCUGUUCUCCUCUCUCCCUCCCAAUAGGCAAUACUUUGCAGCGGGCGUGCCAGGGUCUUUCCAUGGCCGAUUGUUUCCUGAGGGUUCUAUUCAUUUUUUUUAUUCUUCUAUUGCACUCCAUAUCCUCUCCAAGGCGCCCGAAGAGAUACUAGACAAGAACUCUCCAUCAUGGAACAAGGGGCGGAUUCACUACAUUAAUGCCCCAGAUGAAGUGGUAAAUGCUUAUGCUACCCAAUAUGCUAAGGGCAUAGAGAUCUUUUUAGAUGCUAGAGCAAAAGAGAUGGUGUCUGGAGGGAUGGCAGUGAUGAUCUUCCCAGCCAACCCAACAGGGAUCCCUUAUUCCCAAACAUUUACAGGGGCCAUGUUUGAGCUUUUGAAGUCCAGCUUGCUGGAUUUGGUAAAAGAGGUGAAGAUAAGCGAAGCUCAAGUGGACUCUUUUAACUUGCCAAUGUAUGUACCAUCUCUCGAGGAGAUGAUGGAGCUUGUACAGAAGAAUGGAUGCUUUGACAUUGAAAAAAUGGAGCUGACAAGUCCAGGAGUCCACGCAUCAAUGAGUAACGCCUCCAGCAUGGGGAAGGCAAUCGUGAUGCACGUAAGAGCUGGCAUGGAGAGAAUGCUCAUUCAACACUUUGGAAGUGAAAUAAUUGAUGAAUUGUUUAACCGAUACGCUAAAAAAUUUGAGGAGUUUCCUCACCAUGUGCUGCCAAGCAAGAAAGUUCAACUUUUUGUUGUUUUGAAACGCAAGUGAUGCGUUUUGAAGUCGUUGGACGCUUCCUUUAAAAUUGCUGCUUUUUCAUUGCUUUCAGGAAUAAAGACCAGCUUGACUGAUUCUCAUCAUGUAUUAAGCACAGAAACUUGAGGGGUGUUUUACAAUGUCUGUGAAGGAAAAAAAUGGUUCUGGAUCA